UUUCCCAGUUCCGGUUAUACACAAUCGUUUAGAAAUGUCGGUACAGUCGUUUGUAAACAAAAGAAAAAAGACCUUUAUUGGUCUCCCAGCUCCACUUGGUUAUGUUCCAGGUCUUGGUAGAGGUGCUACAGGAUUCACUACCAGAUCUGAUAUUGGUCCUGCCAGAGAUGCUGAUGAUAUCCCGGAAGACCGUCAUGCACCACCAAACAAAAAAAAUAAACAAGAUAAGGAAGAGGAAGAAGAGGAUCUCAAUGAUGCAAACUAUGAUGAGUUUUCAGGUUAUGGGGGCAGUUUGUGCAGUAAAGAUCCCUAUGAUAAAGACGAUGAAGAGGCUGAUGCUAUCUACGAAGCUGUAGAUAAAAGAAUGGAUGAAAAGCGCAAAGAGAGGCGAGAGGAGAAACUAAAAAUAGACAUAGAAAAGUUUCGUCAAGAAAGGCCCAAAAUUCAACAGCAAUUUUCUGAUUUAAAGAGAGACUUGGCAUCAGUGUCUGUUGAUGAAUGGAAUAAUUUGCCUGAAGUUGGAGAUGCCAGAAACAGAAAACAGAGAGUUGGCAGAGCUGAAAAGUUUACACCAGUACCAGAUAGUGUGUUAGCCAGAGCAGCUUCUCAGAACAGUUUGAAUUCUUCCAUAUCAGAACAAGAUCAAAAAUACGGAGGCAUCACAACACCUUUUGGAGCUAUCACUCCUCUUGGGUCAGCAACACCAACGGCUGAAAUUGACAUGAAGAAAAUUGGUCAAGCUCGUAACACACUUAUGGAUAUCAAAUUAACACAGGUAUCUGACUCUGUCAGUGGCCAAACUGUGGUGGAUCCUAAAGGCUAUCUAACAGACCUACAGAGUAUGCUUCCAUCUCAUGGAGGAGACAUCAAUGAUGUGAAAAAAGCUCGUUUGUUAUUAAAGUCUGUCAGAGAAACAAACCCCAAGCAUCCACCUGCCUGGAUAGCUUCAGCACGUCUGGAAGAAGUCACAGGGAAGAUUCAAGCAGCCAGAAACUUGAUUAUGAAAGGCUGUGAGGAAUGCCCAAAGAGUGAAGAUAUUUGGCUGGAAGCUGCUCGUCUGAUGCCUGGAGACCAGGCAAAAGCUGUUGUAGCCCAAGCAGUUCGUCAGUUACCACAGUCUGUUCGAAUUUGGAGCAAGGCUGCUGACUUGGAGACUGAAUUAAAAACAAAAAAGAGAGUUUUCAGAAAAGCUUUGGAGAACAUCCCAAACUCUGUCAGGCUGUGGAAGCAGGCUGUAGAACUGGAGGAAGAGGAGGAUGCAAGGAUCAUGUUGAGUAGAGCAGUAGAGUGCUGUCCAACAAGUGUUGAGCUUUGGUUGGCUUUAGCUCGACUUGAGAGCUAUGAGAAUGCCAGGAAAGUUUUGAACAAGGCUCGUGAGAGUAUCCCAACCGAUAGACAAGUGUGGAUAACUGCAGCUAAGCUGGAGGAAGCCAAUGGCAACUCACACAUGGUGGAGAAAAUCAUUGAGAGAGCAUUAAACUCACUUCGAGCUAACAUGGUAGAAAUCAACAGGGACCAUUGGAUAAAGGAUGCAGAAGAUUGUGAGAAGAGUGGUAGCAUUCACACAUGCCAGGCAAUCAUACAAGCUGUAAUAGGAAUAGGCAUUGAAGAGGAAGACAGAAAACACACAUGGAUGGAAGAUGCAGAUUCUUGUGCAUCACAUCAAGCAUAUGAAUGUGCCAGAGCCAUCUAUGCUCAUGCCCUGGCAGAGUUUCCCAGCAAGAAGAGCAUCUGGUUGAGAACAGCUUAUUUUGAGAAAAAUCAUGGAACAAGGGAGUCCUUGGAAGCCUUGUUGCAGCGAGCUGUUGCACAUUGUCCUAAAGCUGAAGUACUUUGGCUUAUGGGAGCCAAAUCUAAAUGGCUGGCAGGGGAUGUACCUGCAGCCAGAAGUAUUCUGGCCUUGGCUUUCCAGGCCAAUCCAAACAGUGAGGAAAUCUGGCUGGCUGCCGUGAAGCUGGAAAGUGAGAACAAUGAAUUUGAGCGAGCCAGGAGGCUUCUGCAGAAGGCCAGAGCUAGCGCUCCAACUGCUCGUGUAUUUAUGAAGUCUGUCAAGCUAGAGUGGUGCCUAGGAGAAAUCAGAAAUGCAGAGAUACUUCUUGAGGAGGCCGUCAAGCACUACCCAGACUUUGCCAAGCUUUGGAUGAUGAAAGGUCAGAUUCAGCAAGAGGCUGGGAAGAAAGACGCAGCCAGAGAUGCCUAUAAUCAAGGCUUGAAAAAAUGCCCCCAAGCUGUUCCUCUUUGGCUGCUUCUGUCCAGACUGGAGGAAUCAGGUGGUCAGCUGACCAGAGCAAGGUCCAUUCUUGAAAAAGCUCGACUAAAGAACCCACACAAUGAUUUGUUAUGGUUGGAAGCAAUCAAAGUAGAAAUAAGAGGUGGUUUGAAAAACAUUGCACUGACUCUGAUGGCUAAAGCUCUUCAAGAAUGUCCAAAUUCUGGAAUUUUGUGGGCAGAGUCUAUUUUCAUGGAGGCCAGGCCACAGAGAAAAACAAAAUGUGUUGAUGCCCUCAAGAAAUGUGAACACAAUUCACAUGUACUAUUAGCAGCCUCAAAGUUGUUUUGGUGUGAGCGUAAGAUAACCAAAGCCAGAGACUGGUUCAACCGUACAGUUAAGAUUGACCCAGACCUUGGUGAUGCUUGGGCUUACUUUUAUAAGUUUGAGCUGGCUCAUGGUGAAGAGAAACACCAAGAGGAAGUCAGACAGAGAUGUAUCACAGCUGAGCCACACCAUGGUGAGAGUUGGUGUCGUGUUUCUAAAGACAUAAAAAAUUGGCGACUCAAAACAGAAGAUCUUCUCCCAUUAGUAGCUAAAUCUCUUCCAGUUCCUGUAUAAUUUUUUUUUUACUUUACCCUUUAUCAAAUUUGUCACUGAUUAACAAUCAAUCAUAUUGUUUUUCAAUAUGUAUAUGUAUUGUAUGUGUUACUGUUUGACUUCUACUAAUAAACAGAAAAGUUUAA